CCGACCAGAUAUAAAAUUUUGAAGUAAAGAACUACGCAAAUAUACACACGGCAUCAAAAGUAAUAUGGAAAAAUUGAGCAAGAGCAAGCGAGAGGCUCGCGAGGAGAAGCAACGCGAUCAGAAACUGGAGGAAGUCGUGCUGAAAACCUUGGAAGACUGCAGCACACCGGAGGAUAAACUGAAAUUACUGCUGCAGCGGCACGUAGAGAGCGAGAAAAAUGUGAACCGACUCACAAAUGAGCUGCGCUCCCACUUACGGGAAAAGGAGCAAGUGCAGCGGGAGCUGAACAAGAGCGUCCUGAUGAGGGACAAGCUGCAGGAAGUCUGCCGCGAGCAGCAACGCAUCAUCAAGUCGGUGAAGAACGAGAGCAUGCUACAGAUCAAGGUGGAGGAGGAGCGGCGCAAGGAGAGCCAGACCAAGUUCCAGAGCUCCCUCAACGAGAUCACACAGUCGCUGACCAAAAACAAUGAGGAGAACAUGAAACUGCGUGAUUACAACAUCGAAAUGACUAAAAAGUUAAAACUGCUGGCGGAACAGUAUCAGACGCGUGAGAAACAUUUGGAGAAGCUCAAUGAGCAAGUCAAGCUCGAGACCCAACUCCAUCAAGCCAAGCUCAACAAGGCAAUGGUGGAGGCGGCCAUGGAGAAGGAAAUACUGACAAAGGAAAACCAAAUUGGAUUGGAAAAAUUGCUGCAGGCACAGCGUGCCAUAAAGGAACUGACAGAUCGUGAGCAUCAGCUGAAGGAGCAGUUGAAUAUCUACACCGCCAAAUACGAUGAGUUUCAGCAAUCUCUGCAGAAAUCCAACGAUGUCUUCACAAGCUACAAACAGGAACUGGAGAAAAUGUCCAAAUACACGAAGAAGAUUGAAACGGAGGCGCUGCAAUGGCGUCAAAGGUAUGAGAAAUCGAAUGCCAUCGUCAUUGAGUUGGCCACAGAGAAACAGGUGCGGGAUCAGCAUGCCGAGCGUUGCAACAAGCAGGUGGACCAAUUGCAGAAACUGCUGCGAGCCUUGCAGCUGGAACGAACAGCUCUGCACAAGCAGUUGCGGGAUAAUAAUCUGGAGAUUCCAGCGAUGCCAACACUGCCACCAGAGCCCGAGCCCAUGAAAAUUGUGCCCAUCAACAGUGACAAGGACAAAAUGGAGCUGAUGACGCGCAAUUGUGCAGAACUGAAACAAACGCUGGCUAAUCUGCAGAAUCAAAUGAAGCUGCUGACAACCACUGAAAGCAAGGCGCCGGCGUCCAAAUCGGGUGCCAGUGGCAGCAAUGCCGCCGAUUCGAAGGCCAACAAGGAGCAGCCCAAGCCCACAACGAAUGCCCAGAAGAAGAACAACAACAAAAAGAAGGCCAAAUCAAAGGCCAAGGCAGCAGCUGCCAAUGCUUUGCUCACAGCUGAGCCACAACCAGUGGAGGAUGGAAGUCCUCCAGUGGCGGAUGAUUUACACAAUAAUGAGGAGGAAGGGGAGGGGCAACUAUCGCCAAAUUUGCCAACUGAGCCUGUCGACGAUGUUGCCUUGGAUGUUGCCGCUGCUGGCGAUGCCAUUCAAGAUAAUGGCGAGAAGGAAACUGUGCCUGUUGUAGCCGUUGCAGAUUCUAAGGACAACAUGCCCGAAUCUCUUGAAGCUGCCGGCGAUGCCGAUGUUGCAGCUAUUGCCGAAAAAGUGCCCAUUGAUUUGUCGGAAGUGCCGGCACUUAUCGAUGCGGAUUAGUAUCCUAAACUAAUACUUGCCAUGCCUACGACUGUCCCGCCUCCAAGCAUGAGGCUGAGAGAACUAAGCACUCAAUUCUUCAAUUCAUACGUGCUUCGAACUCAACUUUACCUUUAGCGCAACAACAAAUUUGAAUAAUAAUAAUGGAAACAGUAUAACAUGAACAACUACUAUUUAUUUAUUGUAUUUUAUACGUACUUAUUUAUUCAGAUUUUUGCAGUAAUUGUAAUCCAAAUUAAGUAAAAGUUUAUACAUUUAUUUGAAAAACAAA